AUGACGGAGAACUCCGACAAAGUUCCCAUUGCCCUGGUGGGGCCUGAAGACGUUGAGUUUUGCAGCCCCCCGGCGUACGCCACCGUGACCGUGAAGCCCUCCAGCCCCGCGCGGCUGCUCAAGGUCGGAGCCGUGGUCCUCAUCUCGGGGGCGGUGCUGCUGCUCUUCGGGGCCAUCGGGGCCUUCUACUUCUGGAAGGGGAGCGACAAUCACGGCAUCACAGGAAUCCGCUUUGCUGGAGGAGAGAAAUGCUACAUCAAAGCACAGGUGAAGGCUCGCGUUCCUGAUGUGGGCACCGUGACCAAACAGAGCAUCUCCUCUGAACUGGAAGGCAAGAUCAUGCCAGUAAAAUAUGAAGAAAGUUCUCUUAUCUGGGUGGCCGUAGAUCAGCCGGUGAAGGACAACAGCUUCUUGAGUUCUAAAGUCUUAGAACUCUGUGGCGACCUUCCUAUUUUCUGGCUUAAACCAGUAUAUCCAAAAGAAAUUCAGAGAGAAAGAAGAGAAGUGGUAAGAAAAAUUGUUCCAACUACCACAAGAAGACCACGCAGUGGACCACAGGGCAACCCAGGCCCUGGAAGACUGAAUAAUGAAACUAGACCCAGUGUUCAAGAGGACUCAGAACCCUUCAACCCCGAUAACCCCUACCAUCAGCAGGAAGGAGAAAGCAUGACAUUCGACCCUAGACUGGACCACGAAGGAAUCUGCUGUAUAGAAUGUAGGCGCAGCUACACCCACUGCCAGAAGAUCUGUGAACCCCUGGGGGGCUAUUAUCCAUGGCCUUAUAAUUAUCAAGGUUGCCGUUCAGCCUGCAGAGUCAUCAUGCCAUGUAGCUGGUGGGUGGCCCGUAUCUUGGGCAUGGUGUGA